AUGGGUAAAUGUUAUUAUCUAGUACGUGGUAAUGCUAUGGACUCUCCAUUAACAUUAACAGUUGCUAAUUGUUAUAUGUUUUUUUUUGAACAAGAUAUCAUAAAACAAAUUAACAAUGGUGAUAGAUUGUAUUUGCGAUAUAUUGAUGAUAUAUUUAUUACGAUUAAUUGGCCUACUCAACAUUUAUUGAAAGAAAUUUAUCGAUGGAAUAAAUUUGAUUCAAGCAUUAAAUUAGAAGCACAAGUUGGUUAUUCAGCAAAUUUUCUUGAUUUAUGUAUAGAAAAUAAAAAUGACGAAUUAUUUACAGAAGUUUAUCAUAAACCAUCUUACGAGUCAUAUUAUUUACCUUUUAAUAGUGUUUAUUCUACGCAUAUAAAAAAGAAUAUUCUAUUUGGUAUGUUAAUUCGCACUAUUAAAUAUUGUUC